GUGGGAGGUGGGCACUGAGGAGCUGCCAGGCUCUCCUGGCACUGUGCAGGCACCACUGGAGUGUGCUGCUCCCCAGAGGUGGCACUGGAAGGCCAGGUUUAGUUCUGGCGCUGUUGCUGCUGUGGGAUUGAGUUUUGCUGCCUCCCCCAGGGCUGUCUGCUGCCUGCUCCGGCCUUGUCUGAAUACAGGGAGCAGCCUGGGCUUGUGAGCCGAGCCAGCUCAUCCUUUGUUGAGUGCUCGGACAAGGACAGCAUGGAUUUGGGGUCCCUGGAGUGACACUUAGGCCUUCCCUGCCCUGGGUGUGGAGGUGAUGUGCCCAGGGGGACACAGGGAGGCACCUUGCUGGUCUUGGCUGGACGCUGACUUAUCCCCUCGUGUCCCUUUCUCAAGCAGCUGAGCAAAAGCUGUUGGAAUUCCAGGUUGCCGGAGGAAACCACUUGAUCCCAGCACCCCUGAGGGAGAGGCAGAGGCUGUCCCUGACAGCCCCCACUGCUGGAGGAUGCUCCUUGCUCCAGGCAGAGCAUCCCUGCCCUUGGUGCUCAGCGUGGCCUUGCCCAGCCUUCCCGUCCCUGCCUGGCCUCUGCUCCCGGGCCUUGGCAGAGCUGGGCUGAGGAUGCCUUCGAGAGAAGGGCCCCGUGCCAGCUUUGCAUUCGCAGCACUUCCAGCCUGGCCCUCUUUCCAAUGUGCUCCAAAGCCACGGCUGUGCCCGCAUCCUGCUGGUUUUCGAGUGGGUGGUGGGUGCUGGGAGUGGCUGGGAGUUGUCCCUUUAACCACCAGGUGCAGGGUAAUCUGCCAGAGAUUAUCUGCUGGAGGAGGAUUGGCAUUAAAGGGAAUGUCUCCUCCCUCCCCCCAUGUCCUGCAGCAUCCCCUGGCCUGGGUGUGUGUGUGGAAACCAAUUCACUUUCUCCUGGGCGAGCAGAGAGGGGUCUGAGGUUGGAGGGGCGAGGGGAGGAGGGCAGAUGAUGGCACUGGGCCUCUUCUUCCUCACCGUGCUGGCCACGCUGGUCUCCUGCCAGGACCCAGAAGGACAGCUGGACACUUACUGGUCUGGCACGGCGCCCAUCUGCGUGGGGGGCUGCAAGGGGAGGCACAAGGAGCUGAAGAGGAGCCAGUGUGGGAACGGCAGCUGCUGCUGGCUGGGCUACAAGUCCUUCUGCAGAGUGAACUGCGGGCGGCCCGAGGCGGAUUUUAACUCGGUGGUGCACGGGAACGACUGGUGGGUGGGCUCCGUGGUGCGCUACAGCUGCCGGCCCGGCUUCCUGCUGCUGGGGGAGCCCGCCAGCGCCUGCCAGUCCGACGGCCGCUGGACCCCCAAGCCCUCCUGCCUCCGGAUCUGCCUGCGGGGCCGCAUCGAGAUCAGCGAGCGGGACAUCACCGGCAAGUGCUCCUCGUCCUGCGGCAGCCAGGCGCACCUGGGAGCCUUCCUCAACCGCGGCUGCAUCAAGAUCUCGGCCUGUGUCACCAAGCUGUCGGGCUGGGCCCGCUGGUUCCAGCGCUGUGACAUCUGCGAGUGCGACUGCCACGUGCCCUGCGGUUCCUCCACGUAGAGCUGGGCCACCCGGGGCUGUGGCCACUGGCCCUGUGCUGAGGGAGGCUUCCACCCUGGGUUCUGCUUCCCUUCACCACAUGUCUCCAUUGCUGUGCUCCUUCCAUAAGCUCUGCCUGUCCCGAGGCUGCCAUCUGCGAGGCAAAGAGAUACUCUGGACUCACUCCUGCAGGGCUGGCUCAUCCCAGGACUCUCCAGAGGCAAGGGAUGCUCUGGGAGCAGCAGCUGCUGGGAUCUGCGUGUGUUUCCUGCAGCUGGAC